AUGUGCCUGAGAAUAGAGGUCCUGGCGAGAGUGCACAGACAAGCAAAUGCACUUCUUAUCGCUAGGUCAUCUACUGUCAAUCUAAUCAUGGAUGAACAUCAAGCAUUGAAAUACACGCCGGUGCAAUCAUUCGUGGAUUCAUCCUUUUUCACGAAGCUAUCGGACUUAAAAUUGAAUGAGUACAAACUUGACUCUGGCGUGAAGCCCCUUUCAGGGUUUACUGCGUCGCCACAACAGAUGAAUAAGUUUGUGAAUAAGCCCAUAAUCAACUUGGAUUAUUCUAGUUUUGACGACGAGAAACUGGAUAGCCUUAAUUGGCGUAUCAGUGGCCUACUACACAAUGUCAAUACAAUAGAACAAUUCAAGCUGUUAGAUAAGCUCAAAUUGUUGAGGACCUGGGGAGAGGAGCUCAGGGAGGGAAUGUCUCAGAACACAGUGACCGAAAGAUUUCAUUUAUUAACGUUCUCAGACCUUAAAAAGUACAAGUUUUACUACUGGCUCGCCUUCCCUGUUCUCCAUUCGCAAUGGUAUGUUACUGAGCGCAUCAGCAAUAAUGAAUACGAAUUUCAGAUUGAAGAGUUCAUCAAAACAAACUAUGUUCAGUUUUUCCAGAUUAGGCCUGAGAAUGGCGACGAAAUGGUGAUGGUUGACUCCAUUACUUCUCAAGAUGAGGGAACAUUUGUCUUUGUGGAUUCUUGUAUUAGUCCAGAUGACAAUCCACUGAUACAGUUGAAAAACUACUUAUAUUUCUUGGCAAUAAAGGGAUAUAAGUCAGUGUCUCUUCUAGUCUAUCGUAAUAACGGGAAAUCUUAUCUAUUGAAACUCACUUUGGACCCUACUUUCAGAGCGCUGGAAACACCCAAAGUCACAGGGUGGGAAAGAACCAUCCAAGGGAAGUUAGGCCCAAAAUUAGCUGACUUGGGUUCUCUUAUCAACCCAAAGGAGUUAGCUAGCCAAGCUGUGGAUUUGAACCUAAAACUAAUGAAAUGGCGUAUAGCCCCUGAACUCAAUCUAGAUAUAAUGAAGAGCCAGAAAGUCCUUCUCCUUGGGGCUGGUACCCUUGGAUCCUACGUUUCAAGAGCACUCAUGGGCUGGGGUGUGCGGGACAUUACGUUUGUCGAUAAUGGAAGAGUGUCGUAUUCGAACCCUGUUCGUCAACCUCUCUUUACUUUUACUGACUGUUUUAGUGAUUCUCACCAGGGUGCAUGGAAGGCAAUCAGAGCUAGUGAAGCUCUUAAGGAAAUUUUUCCAGGGGUCAACUCCGCAGGAUACAACCUUGAAGUGCCAAUGAUAGGACAUCCAGUAAGCGGCUCUUCCGAACCCCAGGCACAUAAGAACUUUGAUCAGUUAGUGCUGCUUAUCGAAAACCAUGAUGCUGUGUUCUUGCUUAUGGACUCUCGGGAGUCUCGGUGGCUCCCGACUGUUCUUGGCAUUGCCAUGAAUAAAGUUGUGAUCAAUGCUGCGCUAGGAUUUGAUAGUUACUUAGUCAUGAGGUAUGGCUCAUUGGACAUGGAAGACAGAAUUGGGUGUUAUUAUUGCAGCGAUGUUGUUGCCCCUACAGACUCACUUUCAGAUCGCACAUUGGAUCAAAUGUGCACGGUCACCCGCCCCGGUGGUGCUUUGGUGGCUUCCUCCCUUGCUGUGGAGUUAUUUGUAUCUAUAUUGCAGCAUGAUUUGAGACAGAAUGCCCCAGUUCUGUCCAAGACCAAAUUUGGAGAAGUGCCUCAUCAAAUCCGAGGGUUUCUCCAUAACUUCAGUCAGUCGAAGUUGCAUACGCCCGCUUACAAAUACUGCUCAGCAUGUUCAGAUGCAGUUAUUCAGGCUUACAAAUCACAAGGUUGGGAUUUCGUUAAACAAUGCUUAGAAAGUACAGAAUAUUUGGAGGAAAUGUGUGGUUUGAAACAGGUGCAAGAAGAAGCGGAAAAGGCGUCAGAGGCGUUGAUGGAAGAGAUCGAUUUCAGCGAUUAUGAGUAA